CCGCCGCCGUCGCUCGCGGCCGCCGCCAUCGCUGACCGACGCGAUCCAUCUCAGGAGAGGAGAUCCCGGCCAGUUUCCAGUUUUCAGACGCAUCUAACUCUGCUCCGCUAGCCGACACGCCAACCGAAGCCGUCGAUCUCCGAUCCUCUGGACGCGCGCGCGGCGAUGGCGCAGCUGCGCCGGAAGUCGCCGUUCGCGGCGGCGGCGUCGGCGGCGGCCGCGAAGCAGGACGAGGAGGAGGAGGCGCCCGCGCGCAGGCACCGCGCGCCGCUCUCGCUCGCGGGCCUCCUCGUCUCCAUCUUCCUCGUCGCGACCUUCCUCUACAACGAGCAGGUCGCCGUCGUCAGGCCCCCCGCCGCCGCCGACGCCGACGCCGGCGCGGCGGACGGGGCCUUCCCGCUCGCGGGCGCCGUGCGCGCCAGGUCCGCCCCCGACCUCCGCCUCCUCCAGGACGACCACCACCGCAGGGUCAACUCCCGCUCCCAGCCAGAGCAGGAGGACCAGGAAGAGGAGCACCACGAUGCGCAGCAGCAGGAGCAGGUGGGGAGGGAAGCGGAGGAGCAGCGUACGGCCGAGCCGGCCCGCCUCGUGGUGGACGCGCCCGCGAGAGCGGACAAGCGCGCCGCCGUCGCUGCCAUGACGGCCGCACCUCCUAGCAACAGCAGCGUCGAGAGCAGGGCGGCGAGCGUGGUGGCGGAGCCGCCGGCGUGCAACGUGUACCAGGGCUGGUGGACGUACGACGCGGAGGGCACCCAGGCGCCGCUGUACCGGGAGCCCGAGUGCGAGUUCCUGACGGAGCAGGUCACCUGCAUGCGCAACGGCCGCCGCGACGACUCGUACCAGCGCUGGCGGUGGCAGCCCUCCUCCUGCGACCUCCCCAGGUUCGACGCGCGUGCGCUGCUGGAGCGGCUGCGGAACAAGCGGCUGAUGUUCGUGGGGGACUCGCUGAACCGGAACCAGUGGGAGUCCAUGGUGUGCCUGGUGCAGUCGGCGAUCCCGUCGCGCGACAAGAAGUCGCUGGCCAAGUUCGUCGGGCCCAACGGCUCCCUCAACGUGUUCACGGCCACCGAGUACAACGCGACGGUGGAGUUCUACUGGGCGCCCUUCCUGGUGCAGUCCAACUCCGACGACCCGCAGGUGCACAGCGUCGUCGACCGGAUCAUCGCCUGGCGCUCCAUCGUCAAGCACGCCAAGCACUGGCGGAGCGCCGACUACCUCGUCUUCAACACAUACAUCUGGUGGCUCAACACCUUCGAGAUGAAAGUCCUGAAGAACCCGAGGGUGUCGAGCAGGUACACGCUGGUGGACCGGCCGGUGGCGUACCGGGAGGUGCUCAAGACCUGGGCCAAGUGGGUGGACAGGCACAUCGACCCCAAGAGAACCAAGGUCUUCUUCAUGGGCAUGUCUCCCAAUCACCACAUGCCUGAUGCGUGGGGAGCGGGUCCGGAUGCGGUGAAGUGCGCGAUGGAGACGCAGCCGAUCCUGAACCAUACGGGGCCGCUGUAUGUUGGGACGGACUGGCGGCUACACGAUGCCGCGGAGGGGGUGAUCCGCUCCAUGCACCGCGUCCCCGUCCACCUCGUCGACAUCACGGCGCUGUCCGAGUACCGCAAGGACGCGCACACCUCCGUCCACACGCUCCGGCAGGGGAAGCUGCUCACCCCGGAGCAGCAGGCCGACCCUCGACACUACGCCGACUGCAUCCACUGGUGCCUCCCGGGGCUCCCCGACACCUGGAACCACUUCCUCUACACGCAGAUCGUCUCAGGAACACCCCUCCUCUCAUCCUCCUAGCCUUAGCUUACUGAUUCUGAUUCUUCUUUCUUUCUUUCCUUUUUUGAUGGAAAUUCUUCUUUUUUCACUUUGUUUCUGUAACCAGUGGGUCUGUGAGUAAUUCUUUUGUAGUAGUAAGGCAAGAGCGAGAGGUUAAUUAGACUCA